AUGAGUUCGCGGCGCCGUAACGGCAAACGCCCCUCUUGCGAGCCAUGCCGACGCAUGAAGGUGCGAUGCGAUCAUAUGGGUGCCCCUUGUUCCCGGUGUAAAGCUCGCGGAACUGCAUCAGAAUGCUUUUAUCACCCAGCGCCAUUAACAAGGUUACGAGACCGGAGCUACUUGCAGCUCACAGAGGGUGUCCGAUUUGACCGAGCCCCGGAGAUACCUUCUGAGUCCGACACACAAGCUCCAUCUGAAUCGGAAUGUUGGACUAAACCAUUUCUCACGGGAUACCUUGGUCCGACCAGCUUUGUGUCCUGUCUAUGUGACGAUGUGGACUUCUCCUCGGAUGGUCGAAGUAUCGAGAUGCAAAAUUCACCGCGAGUUCUGCCCUCUUUUUGGGUUCAAAAAGUCUCCGAUAUUCUGCUUGCUUUGACAGAUUUUGCCCCAGUCGAAGCAGUAAUUCGCGAAUAUUAUGGCUUGAGUCAGGCCUCUGCCAUUCCUGGGCCAUUUAUCUUGAACAGUCUGGCCCCAGUUGACUCUAUGACCAAGGGCCUUCUUUCUGCCCGCAAGGCUGGUGAAUCUAAGUCUUUCUUAACGGCAAAGGUCAUCCAGAAUACGGCCAAGACUUUUGAAGUUCCACCUUCGGUAGCUGGGAAAGACUUCCACUCUUUAUACACCGGUCAAGCUAUUCGGUUGGAGAUACUCGGGGUAAUUUGCUCAUUAGCCGGGCGCGGAACCUAUCUGGGACUCGCUGGAAACAAAUUUGAAAGCGAGAAACAACGUUUACAAUUCUCGAAGAAGAUGCUCAUCGCGAGCGAUGCUGCACUUCAUAUUUGCAAAAUCCUAACCCCCUUGAACGAUCUUACCAUUUGGCUGGUACACGACAAUUUGUUGUUCUCAGAUGUUGCAAAUGGUAACUCGAGUCCUCAAACAUGGAAUAAACUCGGCGAGUUGUCUACGGACAUAUUUGCACUUGGCCUUCAUCGCAAUUCAAAAAACCCUACUCAAACGCCAGAAUUUCUCCUGGAAUCUCGUCGGCGUACUUUUGCAGCAGCAUACAGGUUAGACAAAAGCAUCGCGACAUUUUUAGGCCGACCGCCUCGCAUACCAGCAAGAUAUGCCGAUUGUGGUUUACCACUCGAUGUUAGUGACGAGGCAUUUUCAACUGAAGAUGGGAAUCUGAGUUAUCCUCCCGAUGAACUUGACAUCAACGGCUGGAACACCCUCGGCCUCUUUUACCCUGCGACUUGGAUGCGCGCUCGUUCGAUCAUAUGUGGAUUCCGUGAUGAGAUUCUCGAAGUUUCACUGCAGAAGGACACCCCUGAGACUGCGGCCAUUCUACUUGGAAUUUCUGAAAGAUGCCAUGCAUCGUGGAAUGAAUUACCUGCCCAUCUCAAAUAUACUCCACAGUGCUGGGACAUGAAUCUCCCAAUCGCUACUCCGAUCAUGCUGGUUGUUUCAUAUCUAGCGUAUCUAUACAAUGAGUUCUUGGUACACCAGCUCCUAGUCGGCAAGAAAAACCCUAGAGGGAGUCGUGCACUACUAUCCGUUAGUUCGGAUAUUUUAUCAGCAGUCCUAAUACUUGGAACUCGACGUGAGCACGCUGUGGACUUGCGAUCGGACUUUACCUGGCUGAUUCUGCUUUAUGGCAUCCCCAGUGCUAGCAUCCUUGUCAAAGCCCUUCAGAAUCAAAAUUGUACUGGAAUACCAUUACUAUACGAGGGCUCGAGGUCUGCUCUGAUUCGAAGUUUGAGCGUCUUCAUCUCUCAUUUAGAAACAGUUGCACAGCCUGAAAAUGCUAAUUACUCGUUAUUUCAACGGGCAAGUCAGGUAUUUACGAAAAUUAUUGACGAAAUUCUUGAACCACAGGUUUCACUGCCUCCUAGUGAGCUGAAUGAUUUGGCUUUGCUUGAUUGUGAUCAAGUGAUUGAUAUGAGUGACUUAGAUCUGUUGAAUACCAUCGAAAUCGGUGUUUCUUUUGACCAGUGGUUGAUUUAA